UGGCAAAAUUGAGAUAAAACUAUUGGAAAAUAAGAAAGAGGCGAAACUGCUGUUGAUUUUGUUCGUGUACUGAAUAAUCCGAGUGGUGUCUCUCUCUACAAACACACACUGUAAUUCAUAAGGAAGAGAGAGAGAGAGACAUAUAGAGAGAGAAGGGUGGGGAGAGAGAGAGUGAUUCUAACGAUGUCGCAAAACGGAAAAUUGAUGCCGAAUCUGGACGAGAAGACCACCAAGGUGCUGAAUUUGACGGUGCUGCAGCGAAUCGAUCCAUUUGUGGAGGAAAUUCUCAUCACCGCCGCUCACGUCACCUUCUACGAAUUUAACAUCGACACUAGCCAAUGGAGUCGGAAGGAUGUGGAGGGUUCCCUAUUUGUCGUGAAAAGGAAUACUCAACCAAGGUUCCAGUUUAUAGUAAUGAAUCGCCGGAACACUGAUAACCUGGUGGAGAAUCUUUUGGGUGAUUUUGAGUAUGAAGUGCAGGUUCCAUAUCUAUUAUAUCGAAAUGCUUCUCAGGAGGUUAAUGGUAUAUGGUUCUAUAAUGCUCGCGAAUGUGAAGAGGUUGCCAAUCUAUUUAGCAGGAUACUAAAUGCAUAUUCGAAGGUGCCCACAAAGUCAAAAGUUUCUUCUACUAAAAGUGAGUUUGAAGAACUGGAAGCAGUUCCAACACUGGCAGUGAUGGAUGGUCCUCUAGAACCACCAUCUUCAACUACUGGCAGUGUCUCGGAUGUUCCUGAUGACCCUUCUUUUGUAAACUUCUUCAGCACUGCUAUGAAUAUCGUAGGUGCUCCAAAUGCAGCAAUUUCUGGGCAGCAGUACCACUCUUCUGCAGCUGUUACCUCUACUUCUCAACCACAGGCUGUUGCUCUGCCCACUUUGACAACUCCCCAAACGCCAUCUAAUAUUUCUACCUCUAUCCCUAUAAUGUCCAUUCUUGAAAGCAUUGAACCAAGUAAUGGUUCCAAGCGAUCGACUGAUCUUGUAAAACCAUCAACAUUUUUUGGACCACCACCGCCUUCAUCUUCUCCAAUGAUUAUUCCUGCCAUCUCAUCAUCUAUGCCAACUGCACCUCCACUGAAUCCUCCUGUAAAUCUACAAAGACCUUACGGUGCACCUCUGCUUCAGCCAUUUCCGCCGCCAACACCGCCACUGUCCCUCACUCCAACUUCUGUUCCUACACCUAAUUUUGGGCCACCUAUCAGCAGAGAUAAAGUUCAGGAAGCACUUAAAAUGCUUGUUCAGGACGACCAAUUCAUCGACAUUGUUUACAGAGCGGUGAUGAAUGCGCACCAAACAGGAUAAAAAUUCAGAGAUUGCUGGUUGUGUUUCCAUUGUGUAGGUCUCUCUUUCUCUUUCUCUGCAAACUUUAAAUGUAUUAAGACGGUCUUUUUGUAUAGAGUUUGCUCUAAUUUUAUAGUUGAUUAAACAUUUGACAAAUGGUUCGAUAAUUUAUAGUUUAUUUUUUGGCAGUUCGUUGAGCUACUGUGUAUGGUAAGUUUACAUUUUCGUUGA